AUGGAUCAGGAAACACUCCAUUAUUACACGCUAAAGCUGUCGGCCUUCCGACAAGCCGACCGAGACCGUGAAAAUGUCUUGACUGACCUUCUAGAAAAGUACGAGAACCUACUUCGCCAGUAUCACCAGAAGUGUGAUGACUUCAACAACGAACGCGAAUCUCGCCGCAUGUGGCAGCAAAAAGAGCUUUCCGCGAGAAAAGAAGUCAUAGAGUCGCGUCAUGCUAGAGAGUCGAAUCCUUUUAUAUUCGUCGCUAUUGAUGGCGACGGCGCAAUCUUCAACGAUACAUUUCUCCAGGCUGGACCAGAGGGUGGUGCAGUAGCUGCUCAGAAACUCUACGAGAGGGUCCAACAGCAUAUUGCCAAGUUAUACCCCGACUCGAACACCCAGGAGUGGUCUAUAGUCGUUCAGAUUAUCCUUAAUGUCGAGGGCCUCGCGAAAAGGCUCAUCUCGUGCGGGAUACUGCGGUCGAUCUCGGAACUUUACGCUUUCGGCCGUACUUUUACUCGCACCCAACCCCUCUUCACCUUUGUCGAUGUUGGCUAUGGGAAGGAACAGGCUGACCAUAAGAUUCGAGAGGCCUUACGAUUUAUGGUUCGCAUAGGCCAGUGCAAGCAUGUACUUUUCGGACCAUGCUCUGAUAACGGUUACCUUCCCGUUUUGGAGGAGUAUAAGCGAAACAUGCAAGUUGCUUCCCGACUAUCGUUGAUCUCAAGCUCGCCUCCCGAACCCGGAUUUUCUCAACUCGGUUUCAAGAUAGAGUCGUAUGAUGAUAUCUUCAGGACUACUCCUCUCCCACCGCCUAAGCCCGUCUCCCCGGCGACCGCCGUGAAGGAGCUAGCAACAUCUAGUUCACCUGCUCCUGGAGGCCGGGGUGGUGCCAGUUAUGCCGCGAUUGGUUCGAACGGCUCUUCCAAUACCAAGACUAUUACUAUCGCGCCUAAGCGGGCUCCAGCCCAGAAGUUUUAUCUUGUCAAUGACUACGACGAACGCCUAGAUUCUGACAUGCCCCGUCUCGAUCCAGCAGCUGAGCAGCGUUACAUGGAUCGUGUCAGGAAGCUCGGCCAUAACUACUGCAACCGCUAUCAUCUUAAGAACAACUGCCCCAUGGGUGACUCCUGCAGCUACGAGCACGGCGAACCGCUUCCUGCGGCCGAACUGCUUGUCCUCCGCUACAAGAGCCGAGCCCUGAAAUGUAAAAUGACCACUUACUGCGAUGAUGUGGAUUGCCCCUUUAGCCACCACUGCAGGAUGGGCAAUAAAUGUACUCUGGAUAACUGCCGAUAUGCCGAUACUCAUCACGUCGAACUGCACCUCCGGGUGCGCGAUGUCUUUCCUUGA